CGGAGCUGGCGGCCGCGGGCGCCGCCGCCUCCUCCUCCAUGGCUGUUUACCCGGCUGCAUUGUGGGAGUUUGACCUCCGCCGCCGCCAACCGCCGCCUCAGCUUGCGCCGCCGCCGCCGCCGUGCACGCCAUGGGAGCCGUGACUGACGACGAAGUCAUACGGAAGCGUCUCCUCAUUGAUGGAGAUGGUGCUGGAGAUGAUCGGAGAAUUAAUCUGCUAGUGAAGAGUUUCAUUAAAUGGUGCAACUCUGGGUCCCAGGAAGAAGGAUAUAGCCAGUACCAGCGUAUGCUGAGCACACUGUCUCAAUGUGAAUUUUCAAUGGGAAAAACUUUACUAGUAUAUGAUAUGAAUCUCAGAGAAAUGGAAAAUUAUGAAAAAAUUUACAAGGAAAUAGAAUGUAGCAUUGCUGGAGCACAUGAAAAAAUUGCUGAGUGCAAAAAGCAAAUUCUUCAAGCAAAACGAAUACGAAAAAAUCGCCAAGAAUACGAUGCUUUGGCAAAAGUGAUCCAGCAUCAUCCAGACAGACAUGAGACAUUAAAGGAACUAGAAGCUCUAGGAAAAGAAUUAGAGCAUCUUUCACAUAUUAAAGAAAGUGUCGAAGAUAAGCUGGAAUUGAGACGGAAACAGUUUCACGUUCUUCUUAGUACCAUCCAUGAACUUCAGCAAACAUUGGAAAAUGAUGAAAAACUCUCAGAGGUAGAAGAAGCUCAGGACGAAAGCAUGGAAACAGACCCUAAGCCAUAGAUAGGCUAAUUGCCCACCAUUCCCAGGAAUAUUGAAAUAGCUGCAUGAACAUAAUGUGUUUAAAAUGGGUUGUGCUCUUGAGAUAUUUAAAAUUUUGGCAGUACAAUACUCUGUUUUUAAAUAUGAAUGUACAUUUCAUUCAUAUUUCCUCACACAAAGGAAAAUGACUUUAGUAUAGAUUUUUUUAUUAAAAGGCAUUUUUUAUUCUUAAAAGGUAGGAAGCAACAUCUAAAUAUGCUUAAUAAAAUGCUUUUAAGCUGGAUAUGUUUGUGCUCAUUAAUAUUCUAGGUAGUUUUUAACUGACAACAUUGAUUGGCUUACAAAAUAAGUUGAAGAUUGUUAGAAGUUGGCAUUUCUAGGAUGUACAUGAGAAAAUGGGCCAGUUUCUAGAAAUAAUUACACUACUGAAAACAGAGUCUAUGAAAUGCUUUAGGAGGGCCACGAACCUUUGAAAUUACAUGCAAAAUGUUUGUGGUAUACGCUUAUUAUGGGGAAAGGUUUCAUGCUGUUAAAAGUUACUGGCAUGAGAGGUAAUUAUAAGAUGCAAAGUAAAAUAAUAUGCCUUACUUUCUAUAUCUCUCUUCUUAAUAUGUGAAUAAUAUGAUUCUUGUUUUGUUGA